AUGGCCCAGACGGAGCAGCGCACCGAGCGGGGACUGACGGGCUCACCGCGAGCGCAGGGGGGAAGCGGCGGCAGCAGGGCGGCUCCGGGGACCGGCGAGCGGCGCCUCUCCCGAGCCCCGGUCGGAGGUGGAAGGAGAGUGGGAAGCAGGGGCGGAGACCAGGGACGCUCCCGCCACCGCCGCGCCCCCGCCUUCCCCACCCCGCAAGCGCGUCCCCGCCUCGCCUCAGCUCCUCGGUGUCCACGCCCUCCCGCGGCCCCGCCCGCGGCCGCCCUCCGGCUCGGCUCCCGGGCGCCCUCUUCCUGCCGCCGCCCGGAGACCCCGCCCCCGCCGCCCGCCGCCCGCCGCGUUCGCGGGAGCGCGCGCCUUGUGCUGCCCGCGUCGCCGCCCCGCCCGCGCCCCGCCGGGGCCGCGGCCUACCCGCCCCUGCGCCGCGGGGGGCCCGCUCGGACACCUCCCGCUGCCGGCGGGAAAGGCGUCGGGGACCCGACUGCGGGGAGUAGAUUACCAAAACAUGAACCCUUGCACAUCCUGGACCAAAUUCUUAACGGUGGUCCCCAGGAAAAGGGACCCUGCCCCACCCAAGGGAGGGUGGAGCUGAGAAGGGAGGAGAAGCAGCUGAAGAGGAGACUGGAGAGGAGGGAAGAAGAAUGGAGAGCCAGAAGGAUACCUGAAGGAGCAGAGAGACAUGUGAAGAAGCUGCACUUGCCUUUUGGUCCUGGACUGAUUCAAACAGAUGUGGGUGAAAGACCCUUGGGGAGGUUAACAAUGGCGGUGUUGAUUUUGAUUUUGCUUUUUUCCUUCCAGACUUGUCUGUUUCUGACCCUUUUCUGUGGGUACCCACCAGAAGAUGCUUUAGACUUGUGGCAGGUUAUCAGGCCUUAGUGGCCCUGCUUUGGGCCAACCCUAUUUGGGUGGACUUUUACCCACAAGGGGAUGGGUAACUUUGGGUGCUUGAUUUGGAACUAUAUUCUUUGUCUUUUGUGCAUUGCACACUAAUUGUAUUAAAAUUCCUUUCGAUUAAUGGUCUUGUAUACUAGAGUGUGUUUUGUCUUGAUGAGGCAGAUAGUAGAAUCUAUUUAGAGCAGGCAGGUUUGAGGGUUCUGGGGUGCUUCUCCUUGUCCUGUAACAGAUUUAUCAUUAUUUCAAAAUAAAGAAACUUUG